UCACAUACAUAUAUUCGAGGUAGGGCCUUUGGGCGUUGAAAGGUCAGAGAGAGAGAGAGAGCGAGAGAGAGAGAGAUUUCUUUGUCAAUGUACUGAAUUUCUUGGGAAAAUCCAUUACGAUAGAUGAAAAAAAAUGGUUCUUAGAUUUUGAAUAGCGCUUGUUAUUCAGACAGAAAUAGCGCUUCGAGAGGCGAGAGAUUCGCUCUAAAUCAGAUCAGGGAAUGGGUCGACCUCCACACGGCGGAGGCCCUGCCUUCCGUUUCACCCCCACUGAGGUGGUGGAGAUGGAAGCAUGUUUGCAAGAAGUCAAUAAUGCAAUACCUGCCCGUGAGACCAUCUGCUCUCUUGCAGAAAAGUUCAGUGCGUCUGCGGAUAGAGCUGGAAAGAUUGUUGUGCAACCUAAGCAGGUGUGGAACUGGUUCCAAAAUAGAAGGUAUGCUCUACGGGCAAAGUUGAUUAAGGCUCCUGGGAAGCUAAGCAUUUCUACGAUUCGGGAUGAUUCAGUUCCACUGAGAAAUGCACCAAUUUCUGUUCCUUCAGGAAGGCAUGCUUUAGAUAAAACUCAGAUGGAAUUUGAAGCCAAAUCAGCUAGGGAUGGUGCAUGGUAUGAUGUUUCAACCUUCAUUUCUCAUAGAAUGUUUGAGACGGGGGACCCGGAAGUUCGGGUUCAGUUUUCAGGGUUUGGCGCAGAGGAGGAUGAGUGGAUUAAUGUGCGCAAGUGUGUGAGACAGCGGUCACUUCCAUGUGAAGCUGCAGAAUGUGUUGCAGUUCUUCCUGGGGAUCUUGUACUCUGUUUUCAGGAAGGUAAAGAGCAGGCUCUUUACUUUGAUGCCCAUGUCCUUGAUGCACAAAGACGGAGGCAUGAUGUACGGGGAUGCCGUUGCAGGUUUUUAGUUCGUUAUGAUCAUGAUCAAUCUGAGGAAAUAGUGCCUCUAAGAAAAGUUUGUCGCCGGCCAGAAACUGAUUAUCGGUUGCAACAGCUGCAUGCUUCAAAGGAUUUGGCAUCUGGGGGUCUAAGGAAUGUGAUGAAAGAUCCUUCUUUGGUUAGCUCUUCCAGGGAUUUCAAUUUUGGACAUCAAACGACCCGAAAGCAGCGCAAACUGAUGGAGACAAACAUAGAUGAGAUAGUCCCUGCAAAGUCAUUUCCUCACGGGAAUGACUCUACGAGUAUGGAAACUACUCCAGCCAUGAGGGUCGAAAACAACACAUCUAUGCUGGAUGUCAAUGUAGGUGAUGCUGCAGUGACCAUCAUCAGAGGCGGAAUUGUGCAUCUAGGGACCUAAUCAUGCAACCGUGUAUGUUCUCUUCUUUUUGUAAAGUUUAGCAGAGCCUGAGUCGGUAGUGAGAAAAGGAUACAGAGUGAAUUGUUUUGGCACUGGCAACACUGGUUUCAUACCCCUCCUGAUGUUUGCUAGAAUACAUCCCAAUGUACUGCAGUACGUUGGGGUUCCAUCCAUUUGAUCAGGAUCCAUUUAAAUGAUCCAAACCGUUUAUAU